AUGAGAGCAUUCUUAUGGGGCACUUCAACUGGAAAAAAGAAAAUUAAUUGGAUUGCAUGGAAAAGAGCUUGUAUUCCAAAGAAGGCUGGGGGACUUGGCAUUAGAAAUCUCAAGCAAACAAACAUAGCUCUUAUUGCUAAAUGGACUUGGAGGUUUUCUACUGAAAAAACACAACUAUGGAGAAAGAUUACUCAGUCAAAAAGACAAGGGAAACCCUCUGCAUUGUUAGUCAAAGAUACAUCAUUACCUCAAGGAAGAGGAUCUCCUUCAACUUUAAAUGAACAAGAAGACAAGCUUCAGUGCAACCUUGCAGGUGGUUUCUCCACCAAAAGCUGCUACAACUGGCUAAUGGAUCAGCAAAACCUCCAACAACCUCUUACUCCUACACCUCCUCCUUACCCUGCAUAUGGGUUAAGUUUGUCCCUCCAAAGACCCAAACUUUUAUGUGGAUCCUAG